AUGGCAGCAACAUUUAUCUACAAUUUCAAGCCAGGGAUUGAAGUUCCUGCCCCACCACCCAUGGUAAUGCCAUUCAGAAGAGCUACAUGUGGCUUCAAAUAUGUACCUACCAGUCUUGCAGCCAUAGAUGCGUUGAUGGCAUUGAGAGCGGAGGGUCUGUUAAGAAGGUCGAGUAUGGAGAAACCAUUUUCUUCAACCGAAACGUUGUAG